AUGCAGGGCGGCGGGCAGCUGCCGUCGGGGGUGCGGUGCCGCUGCUGCCCGGCUCGGCUCAGCCCGGUUCCGUUCAGCCCGGCUCAGUUCAACGUGUCUCGGUUCAGCCCGGCUCGGUUCAGCCUGGCUCGGUUCAGCCCGGCUCAGUUCAACGUGUCUCGGUUCAGCCCGGCUCGGUUCAGCCUGGCUCGGUUCAGCCCGGCUCAGUUCAACGUGUCUCGGUUCAGAGCGGCUCGGUUCAACCCGGUUCGGUUCAGCCCGCCUCGGUUCAACAUAUCUCGGAUCAGCCUGGCUCGACUCAGCCCGGCUCGGUUCAGCCCGGCUCGUUUCAAGGUGUCUCGGCUCAGCCCGGCUCGGCUCGCUGCUGUUCCCUGGCCUCCCUCCAUGGGCCGUAGCUUUCCCGAGGUGCAAAGCCCAAAGCUGAGCCUCCGGCACCCCGAGGACACCCCCGUCUUCCUCCAUCCCCCAGGCGGAUGGGGCACUUUGGGGUGAAUGAUCUGCCUGGCCGUCCCGUUGGCCGCACAUGUGUACUGUCAUGUCCUUUUUCACAGCAUCCCCGUGUCCUUGCGAUGAGAUUUAGGUUGGGGUUGAUGCAAGGUGCUCCCAACAAAUUGAUCCGGACCAUCACAUUCUCUUCCCAAGGCUUCCAAAGAGAAUUGAAGGCUUGUGCCACCAGCUCUGUGGCAUUGCCUCCCCUUCCCCACCUUGACAAUGCCCAUGGUACUUUGGGGGCUGCAUCCCAGGGAUGUGGGUCCAGCCCUGGAGCCCUCUGACGCCCAU